UGUUUUCGCUCCGGAAGGGCGCCAUCAACCAUCAGUGCAUACAUUUAGUGUGUACAUGUACUAUACUUGUAGAUUUGUUUGUCAUUUUUAGGAAACAAGUUGGCAUACUUCACAAAAAUGCUUUGAAGGUAACAUUAACGGUUUCCUGACAUUAACGUUUUUCUAUUUUAUGCACUGUUCAACAUGUGUCUGAUAUGGUUGUUACUUGAUGAAUAGUGACUGGUGUCCAUUUUACUCUUGCCUGCAGGUACUCAGUGUGGUUACAUGUAGGCUACAUGUCAUUAAUCUACUUUUAAGAUAAUCUGGAUAGAAUUCGAUUCAGUCUGCGCCGUAGGUUUACCCAUAAUGGAUCAGGAUGAAAUGGAUGUGGCGAUUAAAGUUUCAAUCAGGGAACAACCAGACUCAUCGCCUCGUUCACCAACACCCCCUCCGCCUUAUUCACCACAUUUAUCAAACCAAACUUCAGAGACUGGUGCAAACCUCAUAACACUCCAUCGGUCACGAAUUCAACCAGAACUUCUUGCUGUAUUCAUGGACCCAAACAUACUGCAUGCACCAAUCAAAGUUCAAUUUGUCGAUGAGAAAGGUGCGGAUGCUCGAGGACUGUCACGUGAGGCCUAUUCAGCGUUUUGGAGGGAUUUUUUUUUAACAGCAUCUUGCGGGGAAAAUGAAAGAGUGCCUGCAAUAUUUCCCGACUAUGGUCAAGACGAGUGGGAAGCAGUCGGACGAAUAUUGUUGAAAGGCUACCAGGAUACUGGAGUAUUUCCACUUCAGCUGUCAUACGCAUUUUCUGUAGGUCUCAUCAAUGGGGUCUCAACAGUGACACCAGACAUCCUCUUACAGUCGCUGAGGAAAUAUCUUUGCAACACAGAUACACAAAUACUUGACAAGGCUCUUCUCGGGGAGCGACUAGAUGAAGAAGACAAAGAGGAUUUCUAACACGUACUGUCUAGAGUGAAAUGCCACGCAAUCCCCAGU